UGAGCGCUCGGUUACUUUCGCUUUCGAAGAAGCGCAGUGGAAGAACAGCCGCACUGAGCCGCCGGCUUUUCACGCUACAUCAGCCGUAUUCCGACCGCAAAAACGCACAGCAGGAACUCGGUACGCGCUCGCCGGUAGCGGACACAUGAUGAUGGCAGCGCGCAGCGGCCCAGUGUGGCUCGCCGACUCCCCCGCCACCACGGGGCGGCUCAGGCUGAACCCCGACGCGCUCGGCGUCCUCGCUGCUCUCUCGGGCCCGCUCAGAGUUGUCGGCAUAUUUGGACCUCGGCAGUGUGGGAAGUCGUACCUGCUGAACUCUCUUUCUGGAAGCACAGAUUUCACUGUGUCCAGUGAUGACUGCUUCAAGACUCCUAUUAUCUUUAUGUCAUGCCUGCCAGACCCGCAGGAUCCAGAAACCACCCUGGUAUUACUGGACUCUGAGGGCUUUGAGGGGGACAUGCAGGCACUGGAGGGUCGUAGCUGCAGCCCUGUCUUCACCCUGUGCCUGCUACUCAGCUCGGUCUUCCUUUAUAACACCUGGGGCCCAGUGAAGUGUGAAACUCUGGACCAGCUCCUUCAUAUGACUUUUUUGACAAAUUUGGUCACAUUACCUACGGAUGAACAGGCCAAGGAGACCUUCCUCCCGGAGUUUGUGUGGUGCGUGCGAGACGUGGACCUGGUUAUGACUUUUGGCAACAUCCAGCUGGUGCCAGCUGACUUUUUAGAUUCUGUGUUAAAUGACAUUCAAGAUCAACAGUCUCCAUCUGGCUUCGUAUGCCAGAUAUUCCACAGAUCCAGAAUGAAGCUCUUGGAUUUCUGCCGUCCGAAAGCAAAUGUUGAAGACCUUGUGAGCUCUUCCUCAUCUGAGCUUAACCCUUGUUUCAUAAAGCAGACAGAAACCCUGAGGAAGUUAAUUUGCAGAAGUAAACCAAAAGCUUUCCCUGAUGGACACAGUACCAAUGGGAGGGAGCUUGUAACCCUGAUGGAACAGCUAGUGGACUGCAUAUCCAAUGGGUCCGUUAUGGAUUUGAGUAAUGUUACUGAGCAGUGUGAGCCCGUGGACAAUACAACUACUGUAUCACUGAGAGAUCAGAGUAAUACAAUGAAUAAAGUUGAACUCUCAGAUCACUUGAAUGCACCUUUAGAAGAUGAUCACUCAAAGAAGGCAUUACUACUAGAAAGAAAAAAUCCCAUGGUAGAAACGGUGACAUAUCUAAGUCAUGCUGAAAGAGGUUCAUAUAUUCCUGCAUUACGCCCAAAAGAUCAAGAACCUGCAGCCUUGGAAGAUGAGCUCCAGGUCAGGAGUGAGCCUGUGGUUAUGCAAGCACCCAUCUGCCUGAUAGAGAAUUCAACCAAGAAUGAACUUGUAACUAAUCAACAAGCCCUGAACAUCCUGAGCUCUAUCAAGCAGCCUGUGGUGGUGGUGUCCAUCGUGGGCAUGUACCGCACCGGCAAAUCCUACCUCAUGAACAGACUGGCUGGGAUGCGUAAAGGAUUCUCUCUGGGCUCUACGAUUCAGUCUGAGACAAAGGGCAUCUGGAUAUGGUGUGUUCCGCACCCUGAGAAGAAAGGCCACACCCUGGUCCUGCUGGACACUGAAGGACUGGGAGAUGUGGAGAAGGGAGAUCAGAGGAAUGACCACUGGAUCUUUGCCCUGGCUGUCUUGUUGAGCAGCACUUUGGUGUACAACAGCACUGGGACUAUCAACAACGAUGCUGUGCUGAAACUGGAAUAUGUUACUGAGCUGACAAAGCACAUCAAGGUAAAGUCCAGACAUGAAGCAGAAGAUGAGGCUUCUUCUGAGUAUCUCCGUUUCUUCCCCUCAUUCAUUUGGGCCGUGAGAGACUUCACUCUUGAUCUCGAGGCCGAUGGGAAGCCGAUAACAGCUGACGAGUAUUUGGAAAACUCCCUGAAGCUAAAAAGUGGUUACUCUAAAGAAGUGUUGUCCAGUAACAGCGCUCGACAAUGUAUUCGGGAUUACUUUCCCAGUAGGAAGUGCUUUGUGUUUGACCAGCCUGUCCAAAAGGAAAAACUGAAGAUAAUUGACACAUUAGAUGAUACUGAGCUGGAUGCCAACUUUGUCAAGCAAGCUACUGAGUUCUGCACUCAUGUUUUUAACAACUCCCAGGCGAAAACUAUCAAAGGAGGGAUAACAGUCACUGGCAGAUUGUUGGGGAACCUCGCCGUCACUUAUGUGGACUCCAUUCGGAGUGGGCAAGUUCCUUGCCUGGAGAAUGCAGUGGUGGCCCUGGCUCAGAUUGAGAAUUCCAGUGCGGUGGAGAAGGCAACCAGCCUUUACAGGCAGCUGCUGAAAGAGCGAGUUGUUCUGCACACUGAGACCCAGGAGGAGCUCUCCCAAGCUCAUGAAGGCUGCUUAAAGGAGGCACUGGAGCAUUUCAUGAACCACUCCUUCAAGGAUGAAGAUCAGCGCUAUCAGAAAAUUCUAAUGGAGCAUAUAAAAGAAGAGUAUAAGAUGAUUUGCCAGACAAAUGAGAGCUUCUCCCAGAAUUUCUGCACCGCUCUGCUCCUGCAGCUGGAGGAAUCUAUGGAGCCAGAAGAGUUCUACAUGAGGCCUGGAGGUUACCUGGACUUUAAGACUGACAUGGAGAAAUUUGUCCAGAUGUACAGAUCAACACCUGGCAAAGGGAUCAAGGCUGAAUUGGCCUUGGAAGAAUACCUCACUGGGAGAAAUGAACUAGGCAAAGUAAUUCUCAGAGCGGACAAAAAUCUCUCAGAACAACAAAGACAAUUAGAAGCGGAGCAAGCCCGUGCUGAGGUGGAGAGAUGCAAAGCGCUGGCUGUCGCACAGCAGAACGCAGUCAUGGAGAGGAGGCUGAAAGACCAGCAGGAAGCCCAGCGGGAGAAUGAGAGGCAGUUGAGGGAGAAGCUGGACAGAGACUAUAGAUCAGCGCUGCAGGAACACAAUCGUGUCCUUGACCAGAAGCUCAGGGAGCAGAACGCCCUGUUACGGGAAGGGUUCAACAAAGAGUCGGAAAAGCUGCAGGCUGAGAUUAAUCGACUGCGAGAAAUGACAAGACCACAGGAGAGAAGUGGCGGGGGAGGAAAACUGUGUGUCAUUUCAUAACUGCGUACAGCAGAGUGAAAAUGUUUAAAAAUAACAUUUAAAGUAAACAGAGGGAAAAUUCUUCCCAUCAUACUCUUUGGUCUUUCAAUUAAAGUGUCAUCACCAGCAUAGGUAUGACUUUAACAGUAAUACUAGAUUGAGUGUGCAUGUAGCUAACUAGCAAAGUUUCAAGGUGUGGGUUCUACAGUGAUCAAGUGAAAAAUACAGCUUUACUAAUGGAAUUACGAUGCUUUGGAUAGAAAGUGGUUAACAAAUAAUACAAAAAAAAAAUUUGCUGCACGUUUUAUUACAUCAGGACGAACCUUCUAGAGAAGAGUGGGGAAACUCCUCUUGCAGGUAUACCCUGGGGUGACAGUAGGACUGAGCAUGUUUUCAGAAUAUUUGAGUUUUGCUGAUGUACUGCAUUGUGCACUUCAAUAUAAUAUUAAGAAGUUACUGUGUAAGUGUGGCUCAGUGUCUGUCACUGGCUAGUAUUUUAUGUUGGUUAAUAUGUUGUCUGCACCAUUUAAAUGGCUUCAAUUUAAUUACUAUAAAGGAAAAUACCAUGCUAAUUCACUCAAUGAAAUCUACCACCUGACCUUUAGACCCAGUCCUUACUAAAUUACUUAAAGCCACAAUUUCUGUUCUCACAGAGACCAUUGUUAAUAUCAUUAAUACUAGUUACUUAAUGGCUAUGUUCUGAACACUUUUAAAGUCACACUUAAUAGACUUAUUAAAGAAAUCAAAUCUCAGCUAUAAUGACCCAAUUAUAGGCCUCUUGCUCCCAUUUUUACUCAAAAUUCUGGAAAAGAUUAUGGCUUCCCAGACUGUAAAAUACCUUAAUCAUUUCAGUCUGGUUUCUACCCGAGUCUUAGCACUGGAACAGCCCUCACCCAUCUUUUUAAUGAUAUUCUUAUUCACUUACUCAUAUUAAUGAAAUUCCUGUCUCGUCUGAUGCUGGUUAUGCCUCAGUCGUGUUGCUACUGUGCUUCAGUGCUGCACAUUUGAUACUGUUGACCAUAGUAUUUUAUUCAACAGAUUUGAAUCCCUGUUUGGAGGUAGCGGCACUAUGAUGAAGUAGUUCCGUUACAAACUGUUUACAGUUAAAUAGUAUUAAAAUCUGAUGACUGCAUCCCUUCAUUCUUGUCAGUUGUUGAAUAUGGUGUGCCUCAGGGCUCCAUGUCAGGUCCAUUGUUGUCCUCAUGCUAUAUGUUACCAUUAGAUCAUGUUAGUCGUAAGCAAGGUGAUGAGUAAGUUUUUACUGACAUGCUGAUGACACAUAUUUUGUUUAAGCCUGAUAACCCAUCACAUAUUUCAUUUUUAGCAAACUAUUUUACCAUUA